GAACAAACGAUAGCAUCAGCAUCGAUCGCUUAAAAGCAGCGUAUUUAGAAGGAAAUCCUAUCCACGUCGAUUUUCCUUCGGUACAAUCGAACGACACGACUCCGACACUUACAAUACCUCAUCCGACAACCAACACACACGAUGAUACUUCGACAGUAUCCGAAAAUAAACUUAAAACGACGCGUUCUGGAAGAAGGGUGAGAUUUCCAGAACAUUUAAACGACUAUUGCACGUAAGGCACUUCUCGACAUUUUAUAUUAUUUUUAAAAAAAAAACAAUUUUAAUAUGCUUAUAUAUUUUUAUUUCUAUUUAAAAAAAAAACAAAACAAAACAAUUUUUUUAAUGCUAUUACGUGUUCAUGAGUUUAUUUUCCAUUUUUUUCCGCCGACAUUGUGCUUUUACGCACAUACGAGUGUAUUUUCGACAUGCACUUACAUUUUCUUUUUUCUUUUCCAGGACGGCUGGAAAAGAACGAUGACGUUUAUGAGGAUCCGAAAUUUUCAUUGUACAUUUUCUUCUUUUACUAUGUUGUACCUCCGUCCCAUAUAGUAAGGAAAGACGACCAGACGCUGCUAAAUUUAGUAAGCUAUCAGAAGAGUGUUUACCAACGACAAACUCGUUGGGUUUAAACUUCUGGCUGGCCACGUCUUAGGGUCGUCACUGCCCCACUAGGGGGGGAGUGAUCUGUAGCGGUAAAUAAAUCCCCAAAAUAAAUAGCAUUAAGUUUUCGACAUUGGAUGCUGACCAUAUGUUUUAGUGGACUCAUCUAGCUGAAGGCGCUCGGUCAGGCAUCCGCACCAGAUCACGUGUGGUAACGCCAUGCUCAACAUCAACCGCAAUCGCUAGCCAGAUUAGAUCAGAGAAUUCCGAUAUAUUGGUCAUCGCCAAAUAUACUCUUCCGAUCUCCUCGACUCUGUCUUUUGAUUUCUCUUGGUGGGAACGAAAUAUAUUAGAAGGUGUUACUGGUGGAAGCGUUGUCAAACACUGAAUACCUGUGACAUCAACAGGACCAAGGACAGCAUCACACUAUGAUUUACCAAUUUCUUUUCCUCUUUUUUUGUUAACAUACCUAGAUUCCCGCCUGAAGGUUCUGGUGAUCCCCUGCUACUAGACACGGAAGCCUGUUAAGCGAAAGCUUUUUCUAUUCCGUCCACAACCAUUUGUACCAUUUGAUUGAGUUUUUAGCGCCACGUUUCACUUUGUACGCCACCGUAAUGUCUUACAGAUCUCAACUUGCAGAAGUAGAUUUAGGAAAUCUGCUUAUUGAAGAUAAGUGUCCUUUGAACCAGUUUAAUGAAGUUUCGUCUUUAGAUGAUGAUCACUAUAGAACGAUUUCUCUCGAUUGCACUCAUCAUUUUUUCAAGCUAUUUUUCGAACUACCGACGGAAUCAAAUGAUUCUGUGUCUGUUUCCAUUCUCCCAAAACCUACUUUUCGUCUCCCCAGAGAGAAAAAGAUCCCCUCAACCAAAGAACUUACUAGAUGGGACAGAUUUGCACGCUUAAAGGGAAUCCAGAAUCGUAAGAAGUCCCGCAAAGUUUGGGAUCCUGUGUCUGAAUCAUGGAAACCAAGGUGGGGUAAAGACCGGAUCGAUGAUUUUAAAGACAAAUGGGUACUUGAAGUUCCGGAUAACGCAGAUCCCUAUGAGGACCAGUUUGCCAAAUUAUCACAAGCUAAAAAGGAACGUAGAGCCAAAAACGAGCUCCAGCGUCUCCGCAAUAUUGCCCGAACUGUCAAAGCGGGACAAGCUCCUCCUAUUGGCGUUUUAACGGAAUCACAGUCGUCUAAAACUGAACUGUCACGUGCUUUCGCAAUUGCUCAAAACUCUGAUGCAUCAAUGGGUCGUUUUUCUGCUCCAGUGGAUAGCCGAAAACUUUCUAAGAAAGUUGAGUAAGUUUAUUUUGUAUUCUGCCUAACAUCUGUUUCAUUAUAGAAAACGAUCUAAGAAAAGAAUUCCACUGAGUCAAGUUGUUCAAAGUACUAAAAAGAGUAAACAGAAUAAGUUAAUAUCCAGAACAACAAAAAAGAAUAAGAUGAGUUCACGCCCUUCUAAAAAGAAAUAGCUUUUUUGUCAAAUAGCUUCUUGUAUAUAAAUAACUAUAUAAAAAUACACUUUUCAGUCUAUUCUCAUUGUUCUUUACGUAGACUUAAUAAGGAAGUUGAAACUUGUAAAUUGCAUUUGAAAAAUGGCUUAAAAUAUCAGUUUGAUUUAGAAAUAAUUAUGGAAUAAUUCUCAUAUAUGAUUUGCCUAAUAAUAAUGCUUUCAGGAUUAAAAUAAGUUACAUCCGCGUAAUACAGUUAAUUUUGUGAUCUGUACGGUUGUUGGUUUUAAAAAUAUUUCAGGAAACCUAUCAGUAAAUUUACAUGGAUUUUUCAAUGUGCAAGCAAUCUCGGGUGUCAUGUUAGACCAUUUACUGUGUUUUGGAUUUAGUCACUUCCAGCAUUUUCUUUUCACAAAUGGUUUUAUCAAGUUCAUUGGACUUGAACUUAAUUCUCAAGCUAUGACAGUACUUUCAGCUUUUAAUAAUUGUUGGUAUUGUGUAUAGAGCACCAGAGAGAAACAUGCAGUCAUCGGUUGAAAACGUUCGUUGCGUAAUUGACUAAUAUCUUUUAAAUAUUUUUGCAGUCUGAAAUACGGCUUUUAAAUCAUGCCUUUAUCCAGCCCGAACAUCCGUAAAUUAGUGAAUCAAGGGUAAUAAAAGAAAUGCAAAACAAUCAAACAGAUCUUGUCUUUUAUAUAACAAGUUCGGUUUCUCCUCUAUACUAUCUUAAUUUAUCGAACAGAAUCAUGGUGCUUGUUCACAUUUCCAAUACAUCAUGUUGUCUUUAAUAUUUUAGGUGUUAAAAUUCAAAAAGGACUCAAAACAAUGGUAUUUCCCCAUUUAAAGUUGCCUGAUCUGUGGAACGUCAAAAUAUCUUGCAUUGUGCUGAUAAGCUGAAUAAGAAUUACGCUUAAUAAUCAGGUUUUAAUUUCAUUAAGACUGAGUUGACUUGUGAAAUUCGUAUCUUUCAAUUGACUUCUGAUCACGUUUACUUUUACGUUCUAGUCAGGAAGUUAUGUUCAAUAUGUACACCAGUUCAAGUUGUCAUACCACAUCAUUAUAGUGAGACAAAAUUAUCAAGAAAAAUCCUAGUCGUGGUUGUAUUAGGAAAGAUUUGCUAGAGAAAAGGAAAAAAAGGUGUUAGGAGAUUUCGGAGCUCAGGUUCUAAGAGGAGAUAAAGAGUGAGCUUACCUGAGUCACGUCACCCAAAGUCCCCUAACCACUGGUUACAAUAAUUGCGCGGACCCCUACCAAGAAGUUUACCCAUAAUAACAUAGCUCAUUACAAUUAUCAGUAACUUCAUGGACUGGUGUCAUAUCUUAGUUGAUCUCCCUUGCUUUAUUUCAGCCUAUUCCCUACACCAGACAACAUCGUGUAUCAAGUUAAAAAGUGGUUUGAUGUAUGUAACAUUUGUCCCAACGAUCUCAAUUGAUGAAGAUUCAUUACGUCAUCAACCGUUCAUUCCUUGACCUUACGUCUAACUUCAAAAUUGCUUACUAUGUGGUCCCAAAAUACACUUAUGAUCGGGUACUAGGGGCUUGUGAAUAUUCACUGUACAUCACCUAUUCAUCUAUAAUCUAUCCAUUCAUUUAACAAUUCCUAAAUUUCCUUCACUAUAAAUCAUAAAAUCGCCCUCCAUAACAAUUAUAUUUUCACAUAAUUGUCGAACUGUUAAUUCAUGGUAUUAACGUAUAAAUUUCUGUAAGUGGGUCAUAAGUUCGGAUAUACAUUUGUUCACUAUUACUUGGUCUAUCAGAUUCCACCGCUAACUCACACAAACUUCCUAUUUUACAGCUUAGUCGAGAAACUUUUCAUGGUUCCUGAAUUAAUCCAGUGGAUUUAAUUAUUCAUCGAGCAUGGUGUACAUCAUAAGUAAUUUAGCUCCGUCUAUAUAUAAAUUCACUUCUUUGAAGUAAAAAAAUAUAUUAAUAUCGUUUGAGACUAAAAGUUAUGUAAUUUUGAACAUUAUAGUUAUUCUCAAUGCAAAACAAAUUGUAACAUCUACAAUGCUUGAAAAGUAAGUUUGUCUCAGAUUAUGAAGCUAAUCCUGUCUACUCUUCAGAAUCUCAGAUGACGUUUAAAAUUAUAUUUUAGGAGCCUCUAAAAAUUAUAGAUGAGAAUAUUUGACUUGUUUUUCAGAAACAGAUCUGCUAUUGUAUUUGAUUGACAAGAAAAUGAAUAGGACACCACUUUAUGCUUGAAAUCUUAAAUAAUUCCCUAAAUUUGUAUUUACAACUCGGAUAAGUAAGCGUUUAACAUUUCAUGUACAUACCGAACAAAUAACGUAUGUAGCCUUCAGAUCGAAAUAUAUUGCUCGUCUCCGGUUCUGUUUGGUGAGUUGUCUUACCUACACCCUUCUCUUUGUCUAACACAACAAAGACCAUUAAAGUGCGUUUUCAAUCCUAAAAAACACAUUCUUUGGACUAAUGACGGAUUUAUACAUGUGCCCAACAUAUGACUACUGAAUUAAAUUUUAGUAGUCAGAUAAAAACUCACCAUGAGUUCUGCCUGUGUCAAUUCCGCCAAAAGUCGAAUUUGCAAUAAGUAUUAGUACCAAACUACAAGACAUGUUUCCUUCAGUAAAUAACUCGGUUAAUCUACUGACUAAUCAUUCUAAUAAAACUAUUUAUAAAUGUUAUUCUAUUUUAUGAUGACAGUUUUCAAAGAUUUUUCAGCCCAAAUUUAGUUUUGUCAUGAACAGAAACCACUUUGUGAAUCAUUGAGAUCCAUCAACCACCGGACAACGAAUUUGUCUCGGAUAGCGACUCAUUAAAAAUUUUCGCAUCUGCGCAUGGUAAAAAAUCCACAACAUUCGGAUUUUGCAGAGAGCACAAUAUUUUUGCACCUUUGAAUUGGAAUACAAUGAACCACUUUUCCAACUUCAUUCAUUUUGCAAAAUCAAUCUUUGUCGUUUUGUUGCCAUCAUUUUGUGAUAAAAAUUUCAUUUGCCUUGAUAAACGCUUUUCAGAAGUACUAUUUGACAUCCUGAUACUCAAAACUAGUGAUUGUUAGCACUAAAUGUUUUAAAGAUAGUUUGUUGUGACCUCUCAGAAAUCAUGCUGUGAACUAGACUUUGUUAUAUUACUUUUUACUUGAUUACUAAUAGAUUACACAUUAGUGGUUGUUUCGAGCUAAAUAUUUAGUGACAGCUUUUCAAGUGAUAAAAACAAUCUGGAUUCACGAUGAUUGGAUUGACUAUACUUAAGUAAGUUAUUGAUAAUAAGUUACGAAAAUACUGAUUCCUACCGUCAUUUUGUCCUGCAUUAGGUAAAUGUUGAAUGGAGAAUUAAGGCAGUUUAUUCAGUGAUGAAGUAUUAUAAAAAUUUGUUCUGAUAAUAUGCACUAUUAAUGGUCUCACUGAAAUAUGUUAAGAUAGGAGGAUAUAAUACAGGCAUAUUAGUAUUGUAGAGCCUGUUCAAGACUGCAAUCCAGAUUAUCGUGUCACAGUGACAGAGGUUAAUAUAAUUCUAUACAAUUUUUCUCCUACACAGUAAUAUUCAAGUUUUAAAUACUUAAUAAAAACAAACGCUAUUUGAUGUUUUUAUUUUAGAAAAUGUGUGCGUGAAAUGGAAAUAACUAUAUUUGAGUUUUGAACCAAAUUUCACUCGAAGCCUGAUAAUCGGAGCAUUGAUUUGUAGAUAUCCUACUACAUUAUAUUUUUGUACAUCGAAUCUCACUCUCAAAAUACUUGAUAAAUGCUUUGUGACUUUGAAUGUUUUUUAGGCUCGCAAUCUGACUCCGUCAUGAAAGAAUCAUGAACAUAAGUUCUCUGUCUCAUUUCCUUUAUUCUCUUUAGGCAAUAAUAAAAACAUAAAUACGAAUUAAGUUGAAAGAUUUCCUUUCAGAUAUUCUUUUAUGCAGACGAAUGGAUUCUAUGGAUCUUUUGAAGUUAAUCCUCCAACAAUGUCAUUGUUGGUCGGAUUACGGGUGUCAGAUCAGAUGUUACCUAGUAUCCCCAAGUGUUGUAGAAUGGAUUAGUUUCCAUAGAACGAUG